AUGGCACUCGGGAACCAGGGCCCUUCGGCGGCGCACGGGGAUCCAUGGACCGGCAAAAGCACGCCGGCGUUCCAGAGCCACGCCGCCGUUGGGGAGGAGGGGAGAUCGCUGCGGGGGAGGAGGGGAGGUGGCGCGCCGGCCGCGGGGCAGGAGGCGCUCCGCUGUGGGGACGAGGGUCAGGGAUGGGGCCGAGAGGUGGAAGAAGAUGCAAAUAACCAAAUGUAUCCAAUAGCUUGGGCUAUAGUAGAGGUCGAGAGCUACGAUUCCUGGUAUUGGUUCAUUGGGUUUCUGCAAAAAGAUCUACAGAUAAACAACAAUGGUGAAGGAUGGGUUUUCAUCUCUGAUCAACAAAAAGGUCUCAUCCGGGCAGUCAAUGAGCUUGUGCCCCAUGCAGAGCAUAGGAUGUGUGCAAGACACAUUUAUGCUAAUUGGAGAAAAGAACACAGAGACAAGGUCUUUCAAAAAAUGUUUUGGGCAUGUGCAAAGUCAUCAGAUAGAAGCCAAUUCAAUUACAACAGGGCUAAGCUUGCACAAAACACAGUACAAGGUGCGAGAGACAUGAUGAAAACUGCACCAGAGCAUUGGUGUCGGGCCUACUUCAGGAUUGGCUCUUUCUGUGACUCAGUUGAGAACAACAUGUGUGAGUCAUUUAAUAAUGCCAUCAUGAGAUCAAGGUUUUACCCUGUAGUAACGGCAAUGGAAAUCAUUAGAAAGAAGGUCACUGUGAGGAUCCAACAAAACAGAGCAAAGUCUCAGAAGUGGCAUGGAACCAUUUGUCCAAAUAUUUUUAAGAAAUUGAAGGUGAACAUUGAAAGAUCCGCUAGGUGUCAAGUGUUGUGGAAUGGAAAGGAUGGGUUUGAAGUACAAGAAGGUGAGCACAGGAGAUACACGGUCAAUCUAGAAAACUGGACAUGUUCAUGUAGAUAUUGGCAACUUUCUGGCUUACCUUGUUGUCAUGCAGUGAGUGCAAUCUACACCUGCUCUAGAGAUUUGGACCUAUACAUUUCACCUUGCUACUCAAUAGCUGAGUACGACAGAAUUUAUGAUCAUGUUCUUCAGCCUGUGAAUGGACCAGAAGAUUGGCCAAUUUCUGACAAACUUAGACCUCUUCCACCUAAGAAAAGAACUCAGAAAGGCAGGCCCCAGACAAAGAGAAGGCAGGAAGAAGGAGAGAAACCUAGGGACCCAUCAAAAAUGUCACGAGCAGGCACUCAGGUCACAUGUUCUAGUUGUGGAACCCAAGGACACAACAAAAGAAAAUGUGCUAACAACAAUACUGCUGGCAAUAAAGAGCAAGCCAACUUCACAAGAGCAGCUACAAGGAGAAAGGAAAAGCAAGCAAGAACAGAGCAAGCUCAUGUCCCAUCAACACAACAAAGUUCAGCUCCUGGUCCAUCAUCAAAGCAAGCUCCUAGAGCAUCUAAGCCAGCAAAUAGGAUGAAGAAGGUCUCAACUUCAUAAAAUAGUCUGUCCACUUCACCUUUC